CUGAAUUAAUGUUACAAGACAUUCAUAAUAUAAAUUGCUGUCAGAGUAAUCUAGUAGAUGUUCUUAAACUAUAUAAGGCCUACAAUAUUUUGAGAUUAUUAUUUACUAUAAAUCUACAUAUUAUUUUAAAACUAUUUCGGCUAAAAUAGGAAUAUAUAAUGGAACAUAUAUGCACGGAGUGUACGCUCACAUUCUCAAAACAUUCUAAUUUAAGAAGUCACCUGAAAACGUUUCAUCCUGAUAAACUGGACAUAAUUGCACCCAACAAAACAUUUAAGUCUAUUGUACUUUGUAACAAAUGUCCCAAAAGGUUCUCUAAAUAUUCCAAUUUAAAAAGGCAUGUCACUAAGUUUCAUCCAGAAAAUAUCAACGAGCUGACUUCAUCUAAGAUUUGCCCAUAUCAAUGCAGUGAAUGCCAGAAAAAGUUUUCACAUUUACAAAAUCUUAUAAAACAUAAAAAAAUUCAUGCAAAAGACAGUGAUAUUGGAAAAAAGCAACAAAACUUCAAGUGCAGUUUGUGUAACUACGAAAAUUCUAUAAAAUCCAAUUUAAUUCUUCAUUUCGAAGAAUAUCAUGCCAUUAAAAUAGAGCAACAAGAUCUUCACUUUUCUAGUGAACUAGAAUUUCAAAAAUGGAAAACUGACAUGGAAAAAAAAGAAUUUUCUUCAUAUGUCACAUACAGUCAUCCAUAUACGACUGCAGAGGGCAUUAAGAAACAGAGUUAUAUUUGCCAUCGUUCAGGUUUUUAUGUGAAAAAGGGUAAGGAUAUGCGAUAUUUAAAAACCAAAGGAAGCAGAAAAAUUAAUGGAAUAUGUCCUUCUCGAUUGAAAGUUUGUAUUUUACCAGAAAAUGGCAAUGUUAAAAUUAAUUUUAUACAAACUCACAUUGGUCAUGACAAUGACUUGGGUCAUUUGAAUAUUACUAAAAAUGAAAAAAUAGAAAUAGCUAGUAAAAUUGCUUCGAAAAUUCCUCUUGUUUCCAUAUUAGAUGAGAUUAGAGAUUCUGUAACUAAUAAUAAGUUGGAAAGGAUGCAUAUCUUAACAAGAAAAGAUCUUCAUAAUAUAUCACAAACUUUUAAUUUAAAUUCUGAUGGAAUUCGCCAUAAAAAUGAAGUUAUAAGUAUUGAAUCCUGGAUUGAAGAAGCCAAGAAUAGUGGAAUAAUUUUAUAUUACAAGCCACAAGGGGCUUUAUGUAAUGAUUUUCCUUGUUUAAAAAAUGAAGAUUUUCUGUUAAUUGUUAUGCAUCCUGGUCAACUGGAAGUGUUAGACAAAUACUCAGAAGAUGUAAUUUGUAUCGACGGAACACAUGGACUUAAUGCUCAUGAUUUUGAACUUACUACAUUAUUAAUAUUGGAUGAUAUGAGGGAGGGAUUUCCUUGUUGUUUUAUGAUUGGAAAUCGGUCUGAUGAGGAAAUAAUGACUAUUUUUUUCAUGAAGAUAAAAGAAAAUUUAGGAAGAGUAAUCAAACCCAUGGUUUUCAUGUCAGACAUGGCCCAAUAUUACUAUAAUGCAUGGCUCCAAAUUAUGACUCCAGCUAAAUUCAGGUAG